AUGUCUUUGCAAUCUCACGAAACGAAGGACUUUCUGGAUGUUGUCGACAACCUCCGAUCGCAUGGAAUCAAUCGGUACAUCAAUCUGCCCGAGAUCAUCGUGUGCGGCGACCAAUACUCUGGCAAAAGCUCGGUACUAGAAGCAGUUUCAGGCGUCAAGUUCCCCAGCAAAGACAACCUAUGCACCAGGUUCGCGACCGAGCUGAUCCUCCGACGAGGCCCAGAGGCACCAAUCAAGAUUAGCAUCGUACCCGGUUCGCAGGAGAGAGAUCGUUCAGACAGCGACCUAGAGAAGCUGCGCAAUUUCCACCCCUCUCGCUCGUUAGAGGGCUUUGAUCUAGGGCCGGUGAUUGAAGAAGCCAAAGAUGCGAUGGGCAUCGGAGAGGGCAGCAGCAAGGUUUUCAGCUCCGACAUCCUUCGCCUGGAGAUAUCGGGGCCUGAACAGCCGCAUCUUACUCUGGUCGAUUUGCCUGGCUUGUUCCAGGCGGGAAGUCGAACCCAGUCAGACGCUGAUGUCGAGACGGUCCGGUCGCUCGUGCUCUCGUACAUGAACAACCCACGUAGCAUCAUACUCGCUGUCGUUUCCGCGAAGAGCGACUUCAAUCUUCAAUCGAUCACGAAGGACGUGCGUGACAUUGAUCCUCGGGGGAAGCGCACUCUUGGGGUGAUCACGAGGCCGGACACGUUGGAUGAAGGGUCGGAUAGCGAGCGGUCUUACUUCGAGCUGGCGCAAAACAGAGACGUCAGGUUUCGCCUGGGGUGGCAUGUGCUUCGCAACAGAGACUAUACGUCCAAGGACUCGACGACCGAAGAGCGCGACCAAGUUGAAAAGCUUUUCUUCGAGACUGGCAUUUGGGGAUCACUUCCAUCUGAACUAGCCGGCAUCCACACUCUCAAGCAGAGACUGAGCAAGAUCGUCGAGGACCACAUGGUCGCACAACUUCCUGAAGUCCUUACACAGAUUGUAGACGGGAUUGAAGAGUUGAAGAUCCUAGAAGAAAGACUCGGAGCUCUUCAGGAUGUUCGGAACAUGUCGCUACUCCCAGAAGGUAGGAGAAGCUUGAUGCCAGCUGAUGCGCCGAAAGAGAAAUAG